AUGUCCGCAGAGAACGAGUCAACUCCAACGAUACGAGAUGAGGUCAUUGUCUCCGGAUCAAAAUUCACUCAAUCGCCGAGCGACGAACUCCUUCUGCAGGUCGAACUCGGCGUAGGCUUCGGAGUUGCCGACGAUGCCACCUUCGAAAGGUCCGAUGCAGCGGUGGGAGCCCUUGCAAUGGCUGCCAUCGCGCCAACAAAGCAGAGGAAUGUAUCUAUGCAACGGCUAGGCGUCGUUCGACUAAGGUCAGCCGACAAGCCUUCCGUACGAACUGUCCGAGCUGAAAGUCGCGGACCACCUGAGCCUCUGAUUAGAGAGCCUGCUUCCAUGCGAGCGCCUUGGUUCGUCAACAUGAACGUGCCACAUACCCCAAUCCUGGUCGCUGAAUCUUCUGAUUCUGCUUUUGCAACCCGCCUCCGACAGGUUGCAUCAAAUGUCCAGCAGAACCAUCUCCCUCGUGUGGACUUCGUGAGCGAUGACACUAUCUUGACUCUAUCGGACGCCGACUGCACCUGGCCCAGUCCAGCGCGCGCACGAUUUUUGUUAGACACUACACUUAAACGUCUAGGCCGCAGCUAUCACAUUCUGCUGCGCAGUGCUGUAUUCGAUGAGCUUGAGCAGCAUAUUCGAAGCCCAAACUCCACCAGCCUUUUGACCAGGAGUAGACUUUGGGCUGCCUUUGCGAUUGGGGAGCUUUAUGCGACGAGGAUGUCCGUGUCAAGUGAUACCUUUCCCGGGCUCAACUACUUCGCGAAAGCCACGAAGAUACUUCAAAUCAUCCCUGAAAGGCCAUUGAUCGGCAUGAUCGAGGUCAAGUUACUCCUCGCAAGUGCAAAGAUUCAUCAGACUCCCCAUGAAGGGCACUCGGCUUAUACUCUUGCUGGCUUGGCGAUACAACUUGCCAUUGUCAUGGGGCUGCAUCUCAAAGUUCCGCCAGCGAUCUUGCCCGACUUGGCCGCUCGAGAGCACAGAAACCGUGUAUGGUGGACUGCUUACACUUUUGACCAUCUGCCAUCCAAUCCACACGAGCAGAUUGACACGGCAGACUUCCCGGGUCGUUCUUAUUUCGUAGCUAGAAUCACCCUCGCGAAGCUGACGUCCCGGACAAUGAACUCAAUCUAUGGAUAUGAUUCUCAAGCAAAGUCUCUGUCGGAGAGGGUGCAGGCUGCUUUCAGGGAUUUACGGACUUGGAUGAACGAGCUCCCAGAGUCCCUUAAGGUUGAUACCGCGGUUCAAUCCAAAGGCGAUCCCAGAGCGUGCUCUUUGCAGUUGCUGUUCAAUCAGCCACAGACCGCGCCAGACAUACCCGAAUCCGCCUUGGCGCUGUCUGAGGCCUGCGUGACUUGUGCUCGUCACUCGUAUAGUCUCCUGACUGAGAAUUGGACUAACGGGUCCCUGAUGGUAUUCGACUAUUUCGAUACGCAAUACAUGUUCUCCACUGCUACAAUCCUGGCGAUCUCGGUUCUCUGGGAGAGGAACGCAUGUUCAAUGGAUAGAGAUCGACUGGAAUGCACUGCGCAGCUUCUCCUACAACUAAAGCUCAAUGGCGAUCUUGCAGCAGCCGAAUUCCAUCAGCACGUUAACGCAAUAAUGCCUUUGUUGGAAGCAGUGGACUCAGAUUCCAGAAAUCGAGACGGGCUUCAAAAAAUGACAGAUGCCAUAGGCGACUCGUCAUUUGGGAUGAGCCUUGCCCAAGGUUACUCGGAGGGAAGAGCCGGAACAGAACUCACGCUCACUGAGCCAUUAUUCCAAGACCUCUUGGCACAACCAGCGACAGAUCUUCAAUUCAUUGAUGAAGCAAACUUCAUGGACGUCGAUCCGAGUCUUUACUGGUCAACCACGGGAAUUUAA